GCAGCCUUUAACUGUACUCCCUUUUACCAGGAACCAAUAUGUUUCGUCAAGAACCAAUCGGACACGAAUUGAUCACAGUGGGCGCAGCGGCAUCCUAGCGAACCGCUCAGCGCAGCUUGGCUGUUGAUCAGGAGAGAAAGAUUGUGACAGGAUUGGACAAACUAUGCACCUCUGGGCGCAGGGAUCCUAGCUGUUCUGUGAGUUCAAGUUUCAGCUCAAGCUCACCUGUUUUUCCGCGCGCCGAUGGGGGACCUUGGACUGCUGUGCACCUGGCUCAGUGUUUAUUUCUCUGCCGCCUGGUGCUGGGGCACUCCCAGCCUUCACGAGGCCUAUGCCAACUGUUUGCCUUUUUUAGGGUUGGAUCAGAGCCUACGGCGAAAGGUCUGGCAGCACAGGCAGAAGUUCACCCCCACCUGGAUCGUGGCCUUUCUCAAGACCUUUGAGGUCUUCAACUUGACACUCAGCCUCCUCAAUCCAAGAGUUUCACCUUCAGGGUUUCCUACUGUUUGAUGAUCUUUGUGUGCCUUCUCAAGCGAUCUUUUUGGCAUUUCGAGUGAGCUUCCCAGCCCAGUGGGCAACACAGUUCUUGCAAGACUGGCAGUUCUUCACAAACCUCAUUGGGAUGAUUGGCAUCCGCUGGUCGUGCCAGCCAGCCGCGCGGACAUGCUUGUGGGUACCGAAAGUCUUCUCCGGCCUUUGCGUUUUUUCUUCACUCAUGUGUCACGUGCAUUAUCCCAACGAAAUGCAGCAUGGCAAUGCUUUGAUCUGCCUGGCGGUACACUUGUUCAUCGGCGAUCCGUACUUUGGUCUCGCCUUGAGAGUCGCCUUGAUCCCCUUGGGCGCGGGAUUGCGGAUAGGCGGUUGGAUGGCAGACUCCAAGGAUUUGAGCUUGGUCAUGUUCUUCUUCAUGAAUGAAGCGCUCUGCUGUUUUGCCUUCCUAUUGAUUUUCAAGUACUUUGAGUUCUUGUUGGGCCAACUUCAGCAGACGGCCACAGACCUCCAAGUCCAGAUGCAACAGAGGGAGCAAGACGCCAGAGAGACCAAGGAGACUCUUCUGGCGGCUCGCCGGCUGUUGUCCGUGACCUGCGACUGUUGUGAACAGCUGACGGAGAACUGGGACAUUGCUGAGCCGUCACAAAGCAUCUUGGCCUUGCUGCAAAUCAAUAAUCCCGAGGAAGAUCUGAAGAUGGUGGAUCACGGCAUACCAUUGACCUUGCCAUUCUUGGAGUUUAUUUGGGAGGAAGAUCAGGAACGGUUUGUCCAAUUUUCUCCGUCCUCCUUGCAUUUGCGCAUGAAGACUUGCCACGGUCAUUCCUUCGAGGCACAACUCUUUCAUGUGGAUGUGCCAGGUGGUCUCAUUGGCACUACAAGGCACCUCAUUGGGAUCAGUAAAUUAGAGGGUGAGAUGCACCGUAUUCCUGAACAUUGCCCCUUGGUGUCUUCCCCUUUCCUUGGAGCGACUUCCGGUGACACGCGCAGUGUGUCCUCUAGCGGCAGCGGAAUCUCCGCGGCGAAGAGCGAGCAGCGCAGUUUCCGCCACUCGCACGCCGCAGCAGACCACUCGCAGCCGGAGCCACAAGCGCCUGCAGCAUGGGGUGCGUCCGACGUGGAUCGUUUCCUGCAGCAGAUCGACUACAUCUCCCUGCAGCUGGAUUUGCGUCUGGCCGAGGGUUACCCGGUCCGUGCCCUACAGCUGGUCUUUCGUGACCCACCUCAGGCCAUGCACCUGAAGAACUGGACGGCACGGAAGUGCCAGAAGCAACUGGAGCAGUUCCUCCAAGGCCUGACGGACGAGACCUCUCCCCUCUCGGCGAGCGGAGCCAUGGAGUUCCGGGUGCCUGGCCUGGAGAAGAUGCGCUUCAGGGCGCAUGAGCUCCGUGUAGAGCCGGCAUUGGAGGAGCAAAGGCUCUCCAUCAGACUUGACUUGAAGAGUGUGAAGUUUCGCUAGCCAUUCCGGCAGCCCAAACCUGGCAGAGUCCAUGUGAGAUUCGAAAAGAAAGACUUGACCAAGCCCAAUUGUCGGCAUAGGUAUCAAAAAAUAAAAAGAGCAUCAAAAUAAAAAUAAAAACAGGAUCAAAACAAAAUUACAAAGCGAAUCAAAAAAUAAAUAUUCCUUGAUAGGCCUUUUCUGCUGC